AUUUUUCUUCUCCGGCCCCAUGGAGGAAGUGAGAAAGUUGGCACCGUCACCUAGGGCUUCGCAGGACCCCGUCACUCAGUGACAGAUGGACAAUGCAAGAAUGAGCUCCUUCCUGGAAUACCCCAUCCUCAGCAGUGGAGACUCGGGGACCUGCUCAGCGCGAGCCUAUCCCUCAGACCAUGGAAUUACAACUUUUCAGUCGUGCGCGGUCAGUGCCAACAACUGUGGCGGCGACGAUCGCUUCCUAGUGGGCAGGGGGGUGCAGAUCAGCUCUUCCCACCACCACCACCACCACCACCACCAUCACCACACCCAGCCGGCCACUUACCAGACUCCUGGGAACCUGGGAGUGUCCUACUCCCACUCGAGUUGUGGUCCAGGCUACGGCGCGCAGAACUUCAGCGCGCCUUACAGCCCCUACGCGUUAAAUCAGGAAGCAGAAGUAAGUGGUGGGUACCCCUCGUGCGCUCCCGCUGUUUACUCUGGAAAUCUCUCAUCUCCCAUGGUCCAACCUCACCACCACCACCAGGGUUAUGCCGGGGGCGCGGUGGGAUCGCCUCAGUACAUUCACCACUCAUAUGGACAAGAGCACCAGAGCCUGGCCCUGACCACGUAUAAUAACUCCUUGUCCCCUCUCCACGCCAGCCACCAAGAAGCCUGUCGCUCCCCUGCAUCAGAGACACCUUCUCCAGCGCAGACCUUUGACUGGAUGAAAGUCAAAAGAAACCCUCCCAAAACAGGAAAAGUUGGAGAGUACGGCUACGUGGGCCAACCCAACGCGGUGCGCACCAACUUCAGCACCAAGCAGCUCACGGAGCUGGAGAAGGAGUUCCACUUCAACAAGUACCUGACGCGCGCCCGCAGGGUGGAGAUCGCCGCCGCCCUGCAGCUCAACGAGACCCAGGUGAAGAUCUGGUUCCAGAACCGCCGAAUGAAGCAGAAGAAACGAGAGAAGGAGGGCCUGUUGCCCAUCUCUCCCGCCACCCCGCCCGGAAGCGAGGAGAAGGCCGAUGAGUCUUCAGAGAAGUCCAGCUCCUCGCCCUGCGUUCCUUCCCCGGGGUCUUCUACCUCAGACACUCUGACUGCCUCCCACUGAGGCCGGCCAGCCCCAGGCUCCGCAACCCGGGCUGCUCCUUGGACUGGGACUACUUACUCCAAGCACAUUCUUAGCUUAUCUUCCUUUCCAUUUGCAGCCUCUUUCUUUCUUUCUGAUCCUAUCUGGGAAGCUCCUGGGCAGGAUAAUGUGUUUACUGAGAAUUCUGGACUAGAUGCUUGAUUUGGGGUGUGUGUGUGUGUGUGUGCGCGCGCGCGUGUGUACCUACUGUUCCUUUCAGAUGCCCUUUGGAAAAUAGCCUCCUUUGCCAGCAGAAACAUGUCAAAGGGAGGCCUCACAUCUUUUAUCUAUCUGUAUAUUUACAGUUCUCCCCUACUUUGCCCUCCAAGUGGGGUAGAAAGGAGAGAGUCCAGGAGCUCAUGAAGAAGAGAUGCACUAUGAGCGUGUUUACACAAUUAAUUCACCUUUUAAUUUAAUUCCAUUUCAUGUGUGAGCUUGCUGGUUGUAAAUACCUUGUCCCAAGAGAUUUAUCUUUAUACAGAUUUUCUAGAAAUGUUUAGAUUAAGUGACUAACACAGGGUGGGCAAACUCUCAAAUCUGGUACAAUUUUAUAUGUGAUUAUAGGUUUAAAAAAUGAAAGCCCUCAUUUAAGCUCAAUCUGAUGCCUCAGAGGUUAGCCUCAAUUUGUUCUUUCAAUGAGGUGAAAAGGCCUGCAGACAACAAGGUUCAGAAACCUUGCUGCUUGUGCUACGUCUCUUGCCAUCCCCACCCCUUUCUCGUUACUCUGGCCACACUAUUUAAACUUUGUGCUGGAUUAUUCAGAACCUAGAUAUUAUUCAAACCAGCUUCUUCCUCAGUUAUCUUAGCUGGAUAUGAUGUAUUUUCAGCUCAAUUGUUAAUGUGAUGGAUGGCACAAUGAAUGUAUAUUUGUGUGAUUCGUGAAUAGUCUUUUGCAUGUCGCACAAUGUUUUGAUGUCCCUAAAGUACCACACUGAGUUCUAUCAGUUAUCCUUUGUGAGCCUAUGGUAUUUCCCAUUUCCUGUACAAUCAUGAACAGCUCUGAGAUCCUGGAGUGAUGUGAUCCAGAGUAGAGUUUACGGGUCUUAAGAAGUCUGUAAUAAAUAUAU